UACAACUGCACUUCACUAAAACAGUCUUCUCAAUUUCACUUCGUUCGACAAACUCACAGCAGACGACCUCUGUAAAUCAUCAAUAUAAACCGGUAAAAUCAUUCAUAAAAUAUGGAUAAAGGUAAUUCGGAUCACAGUGGAUCAGAGGGAGAGGAAUCAGAGAAAAACCUUUGGCUAGCGGCACUUGUUAUUGGAAUCCUUUUGCUUUUUAUGUUAAUCGCAAUAGCUGGCAUUAUCAUAUGGAAACAUUUUAAAAAAGAGAACACUGCUGACCAGAAUUGGGCCGGACCAUCCCCACUGACAGAUGGGAACACCCAUGAAGAUAUCCUAAGUAGACAAAGGUCACACUCAAACAUAAGUACGGCCCCAAUAGUACUUAAUGAACUACAGGCUCCACAAAAAAGUAAUGUUUCUGAAAACACAUCUCAAGGACAUUAUAAAGAUGUAAAUACGCAAGAUGAAGAUGACAGUAAAACCAAUAUCACUCCGACAAUGCCAUACAUAUCAAGUGAAACAACAAGCUUUUCAUCAGAUGGAUCUGUAGGACAACAAUCUAAACCAAAUCCUCAAGACUACCCUUUAAAUGAUGAAACCUCCCUACCACCUCCACCAGAUGAUGUUCUACAUUUUCCAGUGCCAUCACAGAUUGAUGAGCUCCCUGUCACAGGAGAUUUAAGGGAUUUGCAACCUCUGCCAUUAAUGGAUGUUACAAAAAGUGAUGAACACUGCAAUCAGAUUUCAUUAUACCAAGAAAAUACUAUUACGGAUUCUUUUCACAGGACUUGUGAUAUUGAGGACCAACUUUUACCACCACCUCCACCCGACCUCUUCUGAAGUUCUAUAACAGAAGUAUCUGUGUACAUGCUUUACUUCCUUCUCAUGCAUGCCAAAGAAUAGCAAGUUUGGUAUGAUAGAGUCUUGACACACCAAAUUAGUUCUGUCAACGUACAAAAUAUGUAUGAAAUAUUAUAAGACAUUCAUACUUGGGCCCCUUUCACAUGGGGAGGACCCUGCCUGCUCAGUGGGGAAUCUGUUCGCCGAUCCCCGCUAAGCAGGCGGGUGGCUUGUCCCUGCCAGCUUUGCUUAUGCACAGCAGACAGAGCCCACUCUCCUCUAUAGGUGGUCGGAUGUAAAAAGACUGCCUGUCCCUGAACACCUGAAGCCCAUCUGAUUCGAUCGACGUGGAAUGGUUCCACAUCUAUCCGUUUUUAGCAGAUAGGCUCAGAUGUUGGUGGGUGUGAUCAGUCACGUUAGUUGACACCCAAACUCCAUAGAUGACAAUGGAUGGUCCGAUUGAGCCCAUCUAAAAAACUGACAGGCUGACUUGAUUGUUCUGCCAAUGUGAAAGAAGCCUCAUAGCCCUGGUAUCCAUAUUCACUUGCACAAGGCCAUCAUAUCUCAACAGUGACAGUGUGUGCAUAAUGCACAACCCACUGACACCUUGUUAGCAUUUUAAAUACACUCUGUUGUAGCCAGUGCCAAAAUACAUGCAUAUGGACUCUAGUGGGAGCAGCUGUGUUAUUCCCUAUGUUAAGUGACAGUGUUUGGGGGCUUAGGAAUGGCUGCUAGGUCUGAGAACUGUCACAUGGGAAGAGGUUGCAUAAUCACUCAUACUCAGAAGCACAAGAUAUUUUCCACUUUAGACAGAGAAAGAAGCAUGGGGUAUGUGCUGGUGCGAUCAUUUUUGGUGUUGGGGG